AUGGAUUUUCCUUACAAUCUACCACUACUCCUAGGAAAGCAAAUAAAGGAGGCUUUUGGUUUGGUGUUUGAACCCUUUGAAUGUAGUCUUGAGCUUAGUAUUUAUAGGGGGAGUCCUGGAAGGACAAUCGAAGCUGAAAAGAUCUGGGCGGUGGAGCCUGAUGGGGGCAAGUGGGUAGUCGAAUCGACAUUUGGGAUCGUGAAGCAUGGUGGUGUGACCCCCAUGAAUCCUGGUAAAUCUCGGCCACUGCCCUGA